UGGGGCCCGGAAGGGGCGGGUCGAAGGCUGCAGAGAGGCGGGGGCCGCACCGCCCAGCGGAGAGUGGCGGUUUACUUGAGGCUGUUACCUUAGUACUGGAGCAGUUUUGAGCCUGUGGCUAGCAGCUGACCGAUACCUGUGCGGUGCCAUCAGCAAGAGUGAGCCUCCGGUGCCUCAGAAGCAAUCUCCCAUCUGGCCCGGGACUCCCACUUCCCCCAGGAGUCCCAGAUGCCAGGAGGCAUGGCGCCCCUCAAGAAGCCUCCAAAUUCCACAAGGUUGCCCCUGGCCUUAAACCCCCAGAAGAGCAAGGACGUGCUGGCUGUGCUGGCUGAGAGGAACCAGACCAUAGUACCAGUUGGGGCCUGGGUGGAACCUGCUUCACCAGAUAGUUCCGAAAUCCCAGCCUAUACUUCAGCAUGCAUGAUUGAAGAAGAACUGAAGGAACAGCAAAGAAAAAAGCAAGAAGCUUUGAAGCGUUUUCAGAGACAAGUCAAAUGCAGAGUAAAUCAACAAAUUAGGCUGAGAAAAAAGCAACAGCUUCAGAAGUCGUAUGAGGCAGCAGAAAAAGAAGGCUGUAUAGCCAUGCAGUCUUCAAAUACAGCACACUUCACUUCUAAAAGGACAAGUGUUUUUCCUAAAAAGUUGAAUGCUGCUGUUGGAAGUCCUAGGUUACCUCGUUCCCAGAUGCUUGGGGAUGGAAUAGAAGAUGGUGAGAAUGAGAAUGAAUUAUUCCAACAACAAGCUCAGGCACUUAGUCAAACCAUGAAACUGGCACGUCAAAGGCUGGCGUCCUUUAAAACUGUGACUAAAGAAAAGGCAUCAGUGUUUACAGAUGAUAAAAGGAAAAGCAUUCUCACUCAAGAGUCAUGUGUUGCUGAACAAGGUGGAGAUAUUCUGAGAAAUAGAGCACUUUCUAGGAAACCAGCAUUCAUCAGGAUAAAUAUAGGAAGAGGAGAGUUCUCUUUUAAGGGCCAUCAAGAUCUUUUAACUACUGUACAUUACGAGAACUAUAUGGAAGAUCAGGAACUUGACUAUGAGGAAAUUUCAUCUGUUGUAACCAAUGAGGAAGGAGGAGAUUUAUUUCAGGGGGAUCAACAGGAUCUCCUUUCUGAAGACAAUGAUGUGUGUUUCAGUAAAGUUCAGAAAGUAAAAUUCAAAAAUCCCUUAUUUGUUGUGAUGGAAGGGGAAGAACAAACGCCAUCAUAUCUUCAGGGCUUUCAACAUAUUCUUCCAGAAGCCCAGGAUCAUCUUCCAGAAGCGCAAGGUGAUCUUCCGGAAUCCCAGAGCGAUUUGACAGACGUCCACAGUGUUGACUUGGAAGCUCAGAGUGUUGAGCCUAGUGCUCAGGCUGUUGAAUUUCAAGUUCAGGCUGUUGAGCUGGAAUGCCAGACUGUUGAGCUAGAAGGCCAGGAUAUUCAGACGGAUACUCAGAAUAGUAUGAUGAAAGCCCAGAGUGUUGAGCUAGAAGACGAGAGUACUGAGUUGGAAGCCCAGAAUUUUUUACCCCCAAACCAGGCUUUUCUACCCAAAGACCAGAACACUCUACCUGGAUAUCAGGACCAGGAUUUUGUACAUGUACGUGAAGACAGGGAUAUACUACCUGAAGACCAUAAUGUUCUACCUAACUGUCAGGACCAGGAUUUUCUGCCUAAAGAAGAAGAUCUUCUACCCAAAAAGCUGUGUGUUCUCCCCAGAGACGAGAAUAUUCUCAAAUGUCAGAACCAGGAUUUUCUGCCCAAAGACCGAAGUGUUUUCUCCAAGGGUCAGGAUAUUUUACACAAAUGUCCAGACAAAGAUUUUCUACCCAGAGACCAAUGUGUUCUCCCCGAAGAACAGACUAUUUUACCUAACUAUCAGGACCAGGACUUUCUACCUAAAGACCAGAAUUUUCCAUUUAGAGAUCAGCAUGUUCUCCCCAAUAACCAGAAUAUUCCAUCCAAUUAUCAGGACCAAAACUUUCUACCUAAAGACCAGAAUAUUUUACCCAAAGACUACCAUGUUCUUCCCAAAGACCAGACUUUUCUAUCCAGAUGGCAGGACCAGGAUUUUCUCUCUGAAGACCAACAUUUUCCCUUCAGAGAUCAGCAUGUUCUCCCUGAUAACCAGAAUAUUCCAUCCAAUGAUCAGGACCAGGAUUUUCUCCUCGAAGACCAGAAUACUUUACCCAAAGGUCAGAAGCAGGGAUUUCUACCCAAAUACCAGAAAGUACGCUUUAAGGAGCCAUACUCUGAUAUGACAAAUGAGGAAGGGAGAGAAGACUUUUCUUUGGUGGACUAUCAGUAUCAGUCUCCCAAACUCCAAAUCCAGGACGUCAUCAGAGAUCAGAACAUGUUUCCAAAGCAACCCUCAUAUUUUAUGAGAGAAGAGAAAGUGAGAGAGGAGCUACCUCUCGGGUAUCAUCAGCGUGUUCCAUCUAAAGUUCAGCAACAAGCCUCCCUUAGAGAACAGAACAAGUAUAUCAAACAACCCUCAUCUUUUGAGAAAUGGGAGAUUGCAAGAGAAAUUGUUUCAGGAGUGCCUUUGAGCUUAUCCUUCAGGCAGCAGCCAUCUGUUGGGACAGCUGAAAGAUGGCGAGAGGAUUUGCCACUAGAUAGCCAUCAGCAUCUUCCAUCCAGGACCCAGAGAGAUGCUUCCAGCAGACGACAGGUUUAUAAUCAAUCAAGAUUGAGCACUGAAUUCCGGGCUCCCCUGGCAUUUCAGUCUGGAGUAGAUCAAGAAGAAGACAAGAAAGAACGUCAAAAGCAGUACCUGAGACAUAGACGACUUUUCAUGGAUAUUGAGAGAGAGCAAGUUAAACAACAACAAAGGCAAAAAGAGCAAAAGAAGAAAAUUGAAAAAAUUAAGAAAAAGAAAGAGCAAGAACGUUAUGCUGAAGAGCAGAGGGUCCUAAGAGAGAACCUUCACAAAGAACCAUGUUCAGGGGAAAAGAUGAGUGAGAAACUAGCCCAGUUACAACUUGAAGAAAAAAAAGGAGCUAGAGAAAAGCAGCAACAGAGAGAAAAGGAAUAUUUAAGAUAUGUGGAAGCUUUACGAGCCCAGAUCCAGGAGAAAAUGCGGCUAUAUAAUAUUACUUUACCUCCACUAUGCUGUUGUGGUCCUGAUUUUUGGGAUGCUCAUCCUGAUACCUGUGCCAACAAUUGUAUCUUCUAUAAAAACCACAGAGCAUAUAAUCGGGCACUACAUUCAGUCAUCAAUUCCUGUGAUAUCUCUGAGGGAAACUCAACUCUUCGAAUUGCCAUUCAUAAUUUUGCUUCUGCUCACAGACGGACUUUGAAAAAUCUGUAGUAAGAAUCUGAAAUCAACUCAUUAUAUUUGAGCCUUCAUUCAAAAUGAACCCUGAGAGAUUGUUUAGGAAAAGCUUUAAAAUGUGUAAGAUGUAUAAUCUGAGGAGAAAUACUCUUCUGUAAAAUAACUUUCUCUUUAAUUAGAUCAGAGGUUGUUUCAAUCUCUGCCUCAUGAAUGCUUAUAUAAGAAGUGUAAGUUGACUUGCAAACUUGCCUCUUCUUUGUGAACUGUGUAGAGCUUAUUAUUUUAAAAAUGAUCAGACAAAUAAGUUCUUUUACUUUGCUCUGAUCAGAAGAAGCCAUGAGAAAUCUUUGAGAUUAUUUCAGUGAUCAUCUUUCUACAAUUGUGUGUUUGAAUCUUGACAUAUUGAGAAUGUCUGGAUAAAACAGAAAACAAAGUGAUGAAAUGAAUUUCUGAGCAUCAGUGGCCAUCUGUAUUGCCAUUAGCUUUUCUUGUUGCAAAACCACUAAAGGUGAGAAGAAUCUGAAUUGGAUGCACAAUUUCAUCGCAAAAUUUUCUCUUUCCAUUUUUUAAAAAAUUUAUCACCUCUUUCCCCAUUCAGUGACAUUGAACACAGAGCUUUAUAGUUGUAUAAUUUUUAUUACAAACAUAGAGACAAAUAAAUCUGUCUUUUGAAUAUCUUCUACGUGAAAUAACUGGGCGUGAGAUUUCAAAAACGUGAAUCUGAAUUUAAAGUGAGCAAAGUCCUGCCUUGUUUCCCUAUCGUAAAAAAAAUCCAGUGAGGCAGAUGUGUAACCUAACAGUUAAGGUACCCAAGCCCCACAUCGGAAUACCAGGGUUCAUUCCUAAUUCCAGCUUCCUGAUGCAGACCUUGAGAGGCAGCAGUGAUGGCUCCAGUAGUUGGAUUCUUGCCACCCAUAUGGAAGAUCUGGAUUGAGUUCACCACUUCCAGCGGCAACUCAGACAAGCCCUGGUUGCUUUGGAUAUUUGGGAAGUGAACCAAUGGGUAGGAAUGGUCUCUCCCUCCAUCUCUUCCUCUCAGAUAGCUAACCAAAUGUUUAAAAUUUGAUGAAUGACAUGCCUACAGAGCAAAAUUGCUGUGGCUUAUAUGAAUUUGUUACUUUUACAUAGUAUUCCCUAACACGAAAUAUGAAAAGGCUUAAUAUUAGGAAUUAAGGACACAUACUGACAGUUUUCUUUUUCCUGCUUUCCAUAAUGUGCAGUGCUGAAGGAGCACUUAGGUUAUGUCCCAAAAAUGCUUCCAUGUCUGUCCAGAUCAUUGCCUAUUGACUGGUUAUUUAAACAGAUUGAUUUUCUAGUUCAGUCAGAAUCCUGGGGGUAACUAUAUAUUUGAUUUAGCCUUUAGAGUUGUGGUUUUUAUAGUUCUAUUGAGGUAUAAUUAGUAUAUCUUACACAUUGUACCUAUUUAAAGUAUACAGUUCAGUGUUUUUUUAGUAUGUUCACAUGGUUGUGCAACCAUUACCACUAUCAAAUUUUAGAACAUUGUCAUUAUUCUAAAAAGAAGCCUCCAUGAGCCAUUAUGUAUCAAAAAGAACUGAAAAUAGAAUCUCAAACAGAUAUUUGCUCAACUUGUGUUUAUAGUAACAUUAUUCACAGCAGCCAAGACAUAAAAGAAACCUCAAUGAGUGAGUGGAUGGACAAAAUGUGGUACAUACAUAACAAUAGAAUAACAGUUGAGAUUACAAAGGAAAUCCUGUCACAUGCUGCCACAUCAUACUAAAUGAAUAAAGCAGUCAGGGAAAAGUAUUGUAUGAUUCUACUCAUUCAAAUUUAUGGAGACAGAAAGCAAAAUAAUAGUUUCCAGGAGCUAGGGCUAAGAGGACAGGAGGACUUAUCACUUAAUGGGUAUAGAGAUUCAGUUUUGCAAAAUGAAAAAGUUCUGGAGAUCUGUUUCACAACUGUGUAAAUAUACUUAACAUUACUGAGCACUUAACAUUCUUACUGGGUUACUGGGGCCUGCAUUGUGGUACAAUGGGUUAAACUAUCGCUUGCAACACUGUCAUCUCCAUAUGAGUGCUGGUUCAAGUCCUGGCUGCUCCCCUUCCAGUCCAGCUCCCUACUCAUGCACCAGGGAAAGCAGUGAAAGUUGAUUCAAGUAUUUGGACCCUUGCCACCUACGUGGGAGACCCAGAUGUAGCUCUGGGCUCCUGGCUUUUGCCUGGCCCAGUCUCAGCCUUUGUAGCCAUUUGGAGGAAUGAACCAGAUGAAAGAUAUCUUUCUGUCUGUCUGUCUCUCUCUCAUUCUGCAUUUCAAAUAAAUAAAUAUUUAAACAAAGAAUGGUUAUACAGGUGAAUAUUGUGGUACAGUGAGUUAAGCCACUACAUAGGAUGCCGACUUUACAUAGUGGAGUGCCUGGUUAGAGUCCCAACUUCUGUGUUUUCAAUCUAGCUACCUGUUAAUGCAACACUGGGAGACAGCAGUUAAUGACUCCAGUGGUUGAAUCCCUACCACCCAGGUGAGCCUACUUCCAGCUGUUGCAGCAAAUGGGUGUGUGUGUGUGUGUUCUACCUUUCAAAUAAAGAAAGAAUAAUUACAAUGGUGAAAUUUAGAGGUUUUUUUUUUUUUAACACAAUACAUCUUUAAAAAUAAAAAAGAACACCUCCCAUACCCAUUAGUAGUCACUCCCCAUUUUCAUCUCCAAAACCUCCCUUCAACCUUUAGCAUCUGCUGAUCUACUUUCUAUCUCUAUAGAUUAGCCUAUUCUGUACUUUUCACAUAAAUGGAAUGUAUAAUAUAUUUUGUGUCUGAAUUCUUUCACUUACGCUUCCAAGAUUCAUGCCAGUUUUAGUAUGUAUCAGUGCUUCACUGCUUCUUAUUGCUGAAUAAUAUUGCAUUUUAGGUUAUAAUGCAUACUGUUUAUCCUUUCAUCAGUUGUUGGACAUUUAUAUUGUUUCUUGGAUAUUAAGAAUACUGCCAUGAAUAUUUGUUUUGCAAGUUUUUCUGUAAACAUAGGUUUUCCUUUCUCUUGAGUAUAUACCUAGGAGUGUUGGGUCAUAAGAGAGCUCUAUGUUUAACAUUUUGAGAAACUAUAACCUAUUUUCCAAAGUGGCUAUACCAGUUUACAAUUCUACCAUUGUGAAGAUGUGCCCGUAUCUUCACAUCUUCACCAAGCUUGUCAUUGUCUGUCCCUUUGAUUAUGUAGCCAUGCUAGUGAGUGUGAAGUAGUAUCUCAUUGUGGUUUUAAUUUGCAUUAUCCUGAUGGCUCUUGAUGUUGAGCAUAUUUUCAUGACUUAUUGGCCAUUUUUAUAUCUUUUCUUUGAAAACUGUCUCUUCAGAAGCUUUGCCAUUUUAUAAUUGAGUUAUUUGUCUUUUUAUUAUUGAGUUACAGAAGUCCCUAAUUUAUUCUACAUGGAGUUCUUUUAUCAAAUUACAUGAUUUAGCAGUCUCUUUUACAGCAUAGAAGUUUUUAAUUUUGGUGAAGCCCAGUUUAUUUAUUUCUUCUUUUUGUGGUUUUUGCUUUAGUCAUCAUAUCUAAGAAACCAUUACCCAACUCCAAAUCACAAAGAUUUAUUCCUGCGUAUUCUCCUAAGUCUUAAAGAGUUAGCUCUUAGAUUGGGCCUGUGUACCAUUUCAAGUGGACUUUUGUGUAUGAUGUUAGAUAGGGCUCCUCUUUCAUUCUUUUCCUUGUGGGUAAUCUGUCCUAGCACCAUCUGUUGAAAAGAUUAUUCUGUGCCCUGCAUUGAAUUGACCAGAGAUGUAGGAAUUCGUUUCUGAGCUCUUAGUCCCAUCCCAUUGAUCUGUAUGUGUAUUCUAGGCCCGAACAGUCUGUCGUGUUACUGUAGUUUAGUGGUUAGUUUUGAAGUUAGGAAAUGUGUAUCUUCCCCCUUUGUUCUUUUUCAGGAUUGUUUUCCUUUCUUAGUCCAUUGCAUUUUCAUGAAUUUUAAGAUCACUCCCCUACAAAACAGCCAGCUGGGACUGCAUUAAAUCUAUUGAUGAAUUUGGUAACAAUUUCAUUUCUUUUCUUUCUUCAGAUUUCCUCGUCUUCACUCUCUGCUGGUGACAGUGCUUUCCAUAUCACUAAAAAAGCCAAGCAGGCAAAAGCUUGAGCAGUCCUCCAGCUCUUGCUAUCAUAUCUGCCGUUACUUGUUUCUGUUCAUUUUUGUUCCUGUGGAUGAACUGUUUGUUCUCCUAUCUACAGUGGUACGUGGGAGGAUCCAUUUCCCUCCCACUUACUCAAGGACAUUGCCUCACCAUUUCUUCCCACUCUCUUCUAGAUCAUCAAUUUCCCCCUGACUACUAAAGUAUUCCUAUAAGUAUAUAAAUCUGUUGUAACUUGUCCCAUCUUAGAAACUGUCCAACUGGAAAGAAAAAAAAAAGAGAAAACAGCACCUUUCUUUAUCUCACAUAUUUAUUUAACCACCACCAAACUUCUCUGCUUCCCUUUGUAACAAAACUCCUUGAGUGGUCUGUGCUUUCUUCUUCUAUUUCUCUCUUCAUUCUCUCCUGAAUGCGUUUUAAUAGGACAGUUUGCCUUUGCUUCUCUAAUGAAAGUGUGCUUUUCAAAGUCACCAGUGACUUCCACAUUGCUAAAUCCAGUUGUCAUUUUCAGACUUCAUCUUAUUGAGCUGUCAACAGGAUUGAAUACAAUUGAUCAAUCUUUCUUUCUGAUGUACCUGAUCACCUGAUUUCUACCACACCAGAGGUUUUUAUUUUUCUUCCAACUUUAACUGUCCAUUGCUUCUUAGUUUCCUCUCUUAUUAUGUUCCCCAUCCCCAUUCUCUUAAUAUUAGAGUAACCCAGGGUGCAGUCCUUGGAUGUCUUUUCUAUCUUAUCUCUUCUAGUGUCAUUUUUUUUUAAAAAAGAUCUAUUUAUGUAUGUAUUUAUUUGCAAUGCAGAGUGACAGGGAGACAGAGAGGGAGAGCUUCAUCUGCUGGUUCACUCUCCAAAUGGCUGCAACAAUCAGAACUGGGACAGACCAUAGCUACGAGCCAAGAAUUCCAUCUGGGCUUCCUAUGUGGGUGGCAAGGAGCCAUGUACAUGGACCAACAUCUGCUGCCUUCCCAGGCUCAUUAGCAGGAAGCUGGAUUGGAAGCAGAGUAGCCAUAACUCAAACAAGCAUUCCGAUAUGGGAUGUGGGCAUCCCAAGGGGCAGCUUAACCCAUCUACCACAAUGGCUACCCCUAGUUUGAUGGCUUAAAAUAUCAACUACAUACUAACAACUCCAAAAUGUCUAUCUUUAAUUCAUACCUUUCCCCUAAACUCUAGACCACUGACUGCCUUCUUGACAUUUCCACAUUUAUCUUUCUCAAAUAUACUCUUCUGUGGGUCUUCCCCAUAUCAUUUAAUAGCAGUUUUGUCUUUCUGCUUAUUGAGGCCAAAACUUUUGUAGAAUUCUUUCUCUCUCAUCUUUCAGUAUUCCAUCAGCAAGUUGCAUAAGCUCCACCUCCAAAUGUAUAUGCAGUUUACAUUACUUCCACUGCCAGACCUGUCCAAACCACUAUCAUCUCUUCCAUGGAUUGUUGUGUUUCCUAAGUAAUCUUCCUGCUUGAACCUCUGUAUUUUUUCAGUACAGUAGCUAAACUUAACAUACCCCAACCCAGCCUUCUGGUCACCCCCUACACACGCACCAACACCAAUCAAACCAACCAGUAUAAAGCUUGUUUCUUAUAGUCUUCCCCAGCACAAAAAUUGACAUCUCCAUCCUCCAUUUCUUCUGGCAGAAAACACAUGGAGUCAGCCUUCACUCCUGCUUUCUUAUAUCACUCCUCUACAGUCUUUGUUGCCUGUACCUUGAAAAUAUACUCAAAAUACAACCGUUUUCCAAUACUGUCCACUAUUGUGGUCCAAGUCAUCAUGUGCCACCUGAGUUAUUGCAGAAGAGUAGCCUCUUAGUUGAUCUUCUUGCCUCCAUCCUUGCACCCUGUAGAUUGUUCUUAGCCAGGCAUCCAAAAUAGACCUUUCAGAAUGAAUAAGAUCACACCGCUCUACUGAUCAAAGCCUCUUUUGACUGUUCAUUUUCUCAUGAAAAGCUGGAGGCCUAGAGCAGGUACUUAGCCAAGCAGUUGGGGUGCUGGCCCACAUUGGAGUACCUUGGUUUGACUCUGUGCUCCAGUUUCCUGCUAAUGCAGACCCUGGGAGGCAGCAAUGAUGGCUCAAGCAGUUGAAGACUGAGUUCCAGGCUUCAACCCCCCCUCCCCACUCUGAUGCCAUUAUGGGCAUUAUUUUUUAAAUAUUUAGUCAUUUAUUUUAAAGUUGGAGUUACAGAAAUGGAAGGAGACACACACAGAAAGAGAGAGGGAGAGAGAGUAUUCAUCUGCUAGUUCACUCCCCAGAUGACCACAACAGCCAGAGUUGAGCCAGGCCAAAGCCAGGAGCUUCUUCCAGGUCUCCCACGGGGGCCCAAAUAUUUGGACCAUCUUUUGCUGUUUUUCCCAGGCCAUUAGCAGAGAGUUGGAUCAGAAAUGGCACAGCUGUGACAAAAACUGGUGUCCAUAUGGGAUGCUGGCAUUGCAGGCAUUAUCCACCAUGCCACAACACCAGCCCCCAUGUGGGGAUUUGAGGAGUGAACCAGGGAAUGUAAUAUCUCUUACUUGCUCUCUCAAAAAAUAAAACAACAACAACAAAAAAUCCUAGAGUUUGCACAGUGUUACACAAGGCUCUAAAAUAAGAUAUUGACUGCUCCUGAGGCUUUGCCUCUCACUACUUUCCUCCUUCCUACCUCUGCUCAGCCAUAUUGACCUUGUUUUUCCUUAAAUAUUCCAGGGAUGCUUUUGCUUGAGGAUUUUUCAUUUGCUGUUUGCUCUGGCUGGGGACUCCUCUCCCUGAGACAGUGUUUGACCUACACCUUUACCUCUUUUGAUUUUUUACUGACCUUCUGUGGGGAGCAAACCGGACUGGACUGAGUUACUGGAAUUAAGACUUAUUCUAUGCAUCUGCUCUCCCACAAUAUGGCGCUGGGAGAGAAGUAAACAGCUUCCGCACAGCUGCCUCCAGUUCAACCAAUAAACUGUAGGACUUGCUCCUGAUUGGAGGAGAGCAGCGUACUCGGCGUGUGGGCAGCCGAGUUAGGAUUGGCGGAGGAGGACUAUAAAGGAGGAGAGAGACGGCAUGCACCAGGAACAUCUAAGGGGAACAUCUAGCUGAAGGAACACCUGUGCAGCCCCCGAGAAGAGCCGGCCGGCAGUGUGCCGCUCCCCUGCGGAAGUGGGGAAUGUGGCCAGGGGGAACUGCCCUUCCACGGAGGUGGAAGGGAUAGUAGCCAACCCGGGAAGAACCAGCAGCAAACCCGGGGAGGGCCGAGCAGACGAAAGAACAGCGCAGGGUCCUGUGUCGUUCCUCCACGAAGAGGGGGAGCGACAACCUUCCUAUUUUAAAAUGCAGUCAUCCCAGGGCUGACUUUCUGGUGCAGUGGGUUGCCACUGCUUGUGAUGCCUGCAUCCCCUAUGGGAGUUCUGAUUCGAGUCCUGGCCAUUCUGCUUAAAAUCCAGUUCUCCUGCUUGGGAGCUUGGAAAAGCAGCAGAUGAUGGCCUGAGUAUUUUGGCCCUUGCCACCAUGUGAGAGGUCUGCGUAGAAUUUCAGGCUCCUGUCCCAGUCCCCACUUGUAGCUGUCAUUUGGGGAGUGAACCAGUGGAUGGAAGAUUUUCUCUUUCUCUCUCUCUCUCUCUCCCUCCCUCUCCCUCUCCCUCUCCCUCUCCCUCUCCCUCUCCUUCUCCCUCUCCCUCUCCCUCUCCCUUCUCCUAUCCCUGGUACUCUGCUUUUCAAAUAAAUACAUAAACCUAAAAAAGAAAAUAGAACCUUCCCAUCCCCUCCAGCAAAUACUCCCUUAUCCCUGUCUUCGAGCUUUUUCUCCAUAAUGCUUAUUGCUCUGUUAGACAGUAUGCCUUUUACUUAAUGUUCAUUUUCUCUCUCUCCUGAUUAGAUUGUACAUUCCAAAGAAAGGGGAUUUUUUUCUAGAUGUUUCUACACUAUUAGUCAUUUUACCUAAUGUUUGUGAUCGUUACUCAAUAGUCAUUGGAAUAUUUUUAUUUUGUUUUGCAUUCCCUCGUUGCCACUAUGGGAGAAAAUAGUAUCUCUCUGCAAUAGUUUUCUCCUGUGUAAAAUAAAGGGUUAUACUAAGCCACCUGCCUCUCCCCUGUAGCUCCACAAUUCUGUGAAUUUUUUAAUUAUGUUUUAUACUUUUGACCUCACUCUCAAGUUUUUCUAUUCAUUUGCUCUUCGUGCUGAGGUGUGGACUGGUGGUGAGUUUUACCACUAGUGAGAUAAGGGUGACACAGGUUCAUUGUCUGCUGGAACUCCAAGACUGAUCGUGUUGUUAGCAUAGAUGCAAAUUCAUUAGGUUGCAGUGGAAUAGGAGCGCGCAAAAGAAAGGUAUAGGAGAGUAGGAGGUCUCUCUGGCUCUCGGCCAGAAGGGAACUUUAUUAAUCUCUAGUAUCCGUAUCAAGAGAUGGAAGCAUGUAUGUGAUGGCGGUGAUUCCAAGACUGUGGUGCUAGCACAGGAUGUUCCUGUCUUAGUGUUCCAGUGAGAACCACCCUCUAAAGCAUGUAAGACGUGUUUUCCUAGGCAGUCCAACUUCAAACAGCCUAUUCCAGAUUUUUUGAUUUAGUAAAUUUCUGUGUCCUCUCCCUUGCAUUGUAGCGUAUAACUGAAUUAUCCAGGCCUCACCCUUCCCUAUUUAGCCUUUUAUAAUGGGCAGGAAUAAGACUAUCAACAACUUUAUUGACCACCCCUGAGUGUGCAGAUUAGAAACUGCUGCUGUCAUCCUGUCAUCCUCUACCAUGUGAGGUCUGAUAAAGGAGGUAGCAGGUAUCCUUUUUCUGUUAGAUUCUGUUUCAGGAAGCAAAAUAUUUCUUUUCAUUUCCCUCUAAGCGUAGUGAAUAUAAUUUGCUUUGUAUCUCAUCUUGGACAUUUCUUCAUGCUUCUCAGAUUGGGAGACUAGAAAUACAGUGGAAGACAAUAGCCAAUAUCCUCCUGCCAUGGUAGGCCCAUUCUGGGUGGAAGAUGUUUAAGUAUUUUGAUUUAGAUUUCUAAUGCUGUGUUAGGGUAGAAAUGAAUGGUCCCUCUCUGGUCUUACACUUAGUAUUACUGACCACUAUUACAGCAGUAUGCCAAAGAAAAGAAGUCAAUCUGAUUCCUUUUGAUAAAAACGAUUUGGUAUUGUACCUCAUGAGCCACCCCUUCCAGGCCCCAAGAUGAGCUGGGUCUUGGAGGAGUUUUCACUCAGUUCUUUCCAUGUGUGCCCCCAGGCUCAAACACCUGCAGUGAUCACUCACAGAUGAACCUACUAGACACAGUCAUCAGCCGAACACACUAAUCCAUCCCAGCACCACUGAAAGAGAAGCAGACAUUGUGUGCCUCCUGCUAAGAUGCAGUAGGAGGGAGAUAAUGCCUCCUAUCAAGUACUUGUGCCAACAAGAGGUUGAAACUGAGUAUAAUCAAGCCUCUCAGCCUUUCUCAUCUGGGUUCCAGGAGAAAAUUAAGCCCUAAUUCUCUAAGGAAUCCAUUGUGUGUAAUAAAUUAACUUCUAUUCAUCUAGAAUGGUACUAGUCAGACACCAUCCUUGAGGGGAUUGAGAAAAUAGUCACUCAAAUCAUUUUCUGGCUUAAAUGAGGACAAUAUGUAAAGAGAAAAGCCUUGAGGAUUCCAUUUAUAAGAAAUAGAGAGGGAAGCAAGUUAAAUUCUAUGAAGCAGAAACAGAAAUCCAGAAUAUUGGCCACUCUGUAGGAAAUCUGACCCCAUUUCUCCAGCAAGUUAAUGGUUUACAUUAAAACAGACAAGGAGGUAAUUCUAGAUUAAAAUAGAUUUGCAGAGAUAAAGUCACCAAAUAUAGUGCAUGCAUUUGCAGAGGUGUCAACCACCAAAUAGAAUCCAUGGACCUUGUUUGGACCCUGCUGGGAAUAGUCUGGACGAGAUGACUUUGAAUCAGUCAGGAGAAUUUGAAGUCUCAUUUUUUCACUUUGUUAGGAAUGAGGAUGGUGCUGUGGUUGUACAUGGUAUCUAUAUCUACAUCUAUGUGUAUGAAUGAUACACACUAUAUCUAUCUGUAGAUAGACAGGGAAUACUGAAGUAUACAGGGAUGAAAUAAAUUGUGUUUGAGAUUUACUUUAAAACCAAUAAAGUGGGACAACAAAGAUGAAGUAAAUGUAGUAAAAGCUUGAUAAUAGUGAUUCUCGGUAACAUGUUUAUGGGGUUUUCAUUGCAUUAUUCACUCUUUAGUGUGCAUGUUGGAAUUUUUUAAAGUAACUUAUUUCAAAAACUUUGAUCUUGAAAGGAGUCUGUUAACAUUAUAACUUUUCUUUUCCCCAUCCCCUCAAAUAGCUGGGAACAGGAAAUUAGUAUCCCUCCAUUCUGCGACUUCUGACACAGUUACUUUCAGGCAAUGAUGAGAACCUACAACCCACAGCAUUUUGUGGCCUCUCUAGAAGACUAGUUAAAUGGUAAUUGGGUUCAUUGCGGAGACCAGGUCUGUGCGGAAGCUCCCUGACAUAGCCCACACCCUGAGUAAUCAGAGAAGAACCUAGUCACCUGGUUUUAUGAAGCGUAUCUGGUGAAUUCUCAGGUCUAUAAAAGUUGAGAAAUCAGGGAUGAAAGACCAUGAAGAACGUUAGGGUAAAAAUGGCAAAAAGAACAAAAUACCAUUGGUAACUUAGUUGGUAAGCAGUUUAGAAAUCUUUGGGUGAGAUGAGGAUAAGAGAAUAUUUUUAUGUGAUUCAAUUCAGGGAUAAUCAAUGCCACUUAUAAUCUAAUAUUCCUUUUAAACAGGGCAUCUGGGGUUGGAAAAAUUGCUCUUUGUUUUCAAAGCUCUUUACCCUGUCUUCAAAGAAGACAAUGGUUAAGAUUAUCAUCACAGUUUAAAUGUUGGUUCUACCACAUACCAGCUAUGUGAUCUUAUUGCAGAACAACCUCCCAAGCUAGUUGGAAGUGUUGCUAUAGAACCCCCAAACCUGGUCUGCUCACCUGACAUGCAGAAAGUCGGUCACUGACAUCAGGGUGCUGGAAGUCAGUAGGUACUUAUUGUGAAGCCCAGAGCAAGGAGUUGGCAGCUAUUUCUGAAUUCUCAUCUGAAGAGUGAGGGGUGAAGGUUCUUAUAGAUUGAAGAUGGGGCUGAGAAGUACAUGUUCAGCUCAUGUCCAUGUUCCUGAUUGGUCAGUGGUGGUCCUGACCUUCCUCUGAUUGGUCAGUAAUGCCGUGUUCUUUAGGAAAUUUUUAUGAUGGCAAUUGGGCUUAAGUUGGUCUGGGAGAUUACAUGCAAGUGGGAGCCACCUUCUGCCCCAGACCUGAAAUUUCCCUGCCUGGACCUAGAAUUCCCCUUUACAAACCCCUCUGGAUACUAGCCCAUCAAGGUUUUAUCUAUCAGAGACACAAAUUACUUCUUGAUUCUGGUGGUUAGAACCUUGUACAGCCAGGUGUAUCACACUCCCUUAAUGCAGUGAACUGCUUUUGAUGAAAGGCACAGGUACAUUAGGCUAAGGGAAGCAGAUAAGAGCCUGCGUCCUGCCUUUACAUUAUAGGGGUUUGGUCCCAGUUCACCCCUGUUUCUUGUUACUCCUCAGUCUUGAGGGGCUAGGGAUAAUGACUGCUCUGAGAGCUUCCUGAUGUUUAUGGAGUGAAGUAGGGUUUUUCAGGAGAAGAGGUGAGGAAGUUGUAGGCAUAUCUUUCAAGAAAGUUCCUCAUCCCGGGUUCAGCUUUGGAGAGCCUCUGCAUCACCAGAGGGUUUGGCCUAGCCAGUUUCUGUACAGCUUUACCUUGCAGAUGGAUUAUCACCACUCCACAGCAGCAAUAAAAGCAACAACAUUCUAGUAUUUCUACCCCUUGAAUGCUGGAGAAGUUAGUAAUUUUUCUGCCAGACAACUUUUAGUCCCAAACCAGGAGUAGAGCCAUUGGUUAAGAGUUAGUGUGGGGUCAGACAUGGCACUAAUCUGGGUGUGUGGCACUGUCAUUUUAAGACACAUUGGGUAUAAUUUGUCAGUGCUUUAAUGUGCAAAGUCACACUCUUUAGCCCUAUCCCUAGAAUGAACAAAGAUGGGUAGCAAGUGAUCAUAGCAGUGGGAGACAGAUCUAUCUGGUUGUUACUUGGAAUCAGUAUGGGUGUUUACUCUUGCUUCCUCUAAGGCAUAAACCAAAGUGAAGGCUUUGAGUUCAGCCUUCUGAGCUAAGACACCUGGUGGCAAUGCUACUGUUUGCAAAGUUUCCUGGGCAGUUCUUACUGCAUCUCCAACACUUGAUUUGCCUGGUCCAUGAAGCUGUUUCCUUCCAUGAAGAGUUCCAGAUCAAUACUGUCUAUACUGUCUAACGGGACAUUAGUCAGAUAUAGCCUGCUAAGACACACUUGUUCAAUAGCCUAUAAUUAUUUACAGGUUUCCCCAGAGGGGGCUAGGGGCAAGGUGGCUAGAUUAAAUCAUGAUACAGUUUUAGAAUUUCACAUUUCAGUUAUCAGAUAGUAGGGUUUGGUAUCUCUCAAAUAGCCAGAAGUGAGCUGGUCACCUUCCUUGUUUCAGAAGUGGCAGCACACGGUGAGCUGUAUUCGGUGGGGGUGGGCUGUCCAAAAGUGAGCUACCCUGUCUCCUGCAGUACAGCACAAGUGGCUGUUAUUCUCAGACACAUCAGUCAGCCCUGGGUAGCAAUGUCCAGAUUUUACACCAUCAGUCAUUUUAUUUUUUCCAAAGUUUGAGUCAUUACUCCCAGUCCCAAUCCUUGCUUCUUGAGUACAAAGAGGUUAAAGAGCAUCCUGAGACUUCACUGUGCGUGCUGCGUACAGAUUCUAGCAUUAGCUGUGAGAAUAACAGGUAUCACAUCCAGUUAGCAUUUCUCUUUUGAAAUGGGGGCAUUCUCUAGAGCAUGUAGUUCUAGCAGUCUUUCAUGAUGUUUGCUGUCAUACCAUCAUGCAUAAGAACCCGUCCUUUAUAAACUCUCAGCUUUAUCUCACCUGGUUUAGAGUUGACACCAGUGACUCCAUCUUGAUUUUUAUUCUCUCAUUUCCUCUUGGUCAAGAUCCACUUAUGAAAACGCAGCUGAUGAAUCAUGUUCCGUUAGUCCCUUGUUGCCAGGUUCUAUUUUUUCUGGUUUUUGAUCCAGUCCCAUAUUGGGAGAGAAGUAUUUGGCAACCAGGAAUGGGUGUCAAAAAGCCUUUUAGCUACAUUUGAGCAACAGAGAGGUUUUAGGAGGAGUGAUCCUUCUGCUAACUCUACCUGAAGUCCAUUGUUAAACUUAGCUUUAUCUGUUCUGUAGGCAUGAGCCAUCCUCUCCAAGUGCCAGGCUGGCAUCAUGUUUUUGGGAAUUGUGCUUUGGUAGAAUUCUGACAGGCAAGAGGCACAAAGCUCAAAAAGGAAAAAUAUAUAACAAAGCCAACAAGAACAUAACAAAUCAAGGUUGCAUCUUAAAAACAAUGAACAGGGUUACAGUCUAAGAGCAGACAUAUUAUAAUUGACCAUUCAUGUAAGUACAGCAGGGAUGAUUGACUAAACAUGGAAUAAUCAGAGCUAGAAAACUCUGAAGGUUAGCAAGCCUGAAAACAAUGAACACAAUCUAAAAACAAAUGUAUUAUAGUUUGUCGAUUGACUAUUCAUAUUAAGUGCAUAUAAUAAUCUCAUAUUCAGAAAUGCUCAGAGUUAAAAAGCCAGUCCAAGGCAGACUUAGUUUUGUUUUGUUUUUAAACUAUGUUUCUAACCUUUUGAAGUUUUAGGACAUACUAUAGAGUGACAACUCCAUUCACUUACUGCAAGGCUGGGAACUCUUGAAGUCAAGGCGUUCUGUGCAUAAUUUUAGAUGCCAGUGUUUCCAACUAUGUCCUUUUAAUUUUUUUUAAAGAUUUAUUUAUUUAUUUAAAAGAGUUACACAGAAAGAGGAGAGGCAGAGAGAAUGAGAGAGGUCUUCCAUCUGAUGGUUCACUCCCCAAUUGGCCUCAACAGCUGGAGAUGCACUGAUCCGAAGCCAGGAGCCAGGAGCUUCCUCCAGGUCUCCCACAUGGGUGCAGGAGCCCAAGGACUUGGGCCAUCUUCUACUGCUUUUCCAGGCCAUAGCAGAGAGCUGGAUUGGAAGUGGAGUAGCCAGAUCUUGAACCGGCGCCCAUAUGGGAUGCUGGCACUUCAGGCCAGGGCGUUAACCUGCUGCGCCACAGUGCUGGCCCCCUAACUAUGCCUUUUUAUAACAAGAACAGAUUCUUAUUGUUUUUGUGCCAGCAAUCAUACUGCCACGAGCAACCAAAAAUCCUCUGAAAAGUUUUCACAUUUUACAGGAAUGAAGUAGGGGAAAAGGUAAACACUUCCAUCUGUUUACAAUGUUAUAGCAAAGCACUGUAAACAAUAGAAAUCACAGAGAAAAGUCUGCCUGAACCUAGAAGAGAAGAACAUUCAACCAGCGCCGCGGCUCAAUAGGCUAAUCCUUCACCUAGUGGCGCCGGCACAGCGGAUUCUAGUCCCGGUCAGGGUGCCGGAUUCUGUUCCGGUUGCCCCUCUUCCAGGCCAGCUCUCUGCUGUGGCCCGGGAGUGCAGUGGAGGAUGGCCCAAGUGCUUGGGCCAUGUACCCCAUGGGAGACCGGGAGAAGCACCUGGCUCCUGCCUUCGGAUCAGUGCGGUGCGCCGGCCGCAGGUCGCCGGCCGUGGUGGCCAUUGGAGGGUGAACCAAUGGCAAAGGAAGACCUUUCUCUCUCUCUCUCUCUCUCACUGUCCACUCUGCCUAUAAAAAAAAAAAAAAGAAAGAAAAGAAAAAGAAAAACAUUCAAAUACAGAACCAACAAUAUUUUAAAUAUGACCUAGAAAUCCACAAAUUUCAUUAAUUCAUCUGGUCUUAUGUAAAUAAUUCUUAUGUAAUACCCUUUAACAGUUUUAUGGAUUUUUUUUCCCCUCAAAGUUCUGAAACUUCUGAUCUAAAGCAAUCACAAAUCUGUAUUUAAGAACAUCUGUUAGAGUCUUCUCUGAAUCUGAUUCCAAGUGUCCUUAGAGCAGAAUACAAAACUGCAGAUAAUGAAAGAUUUUAGUAGUAGUCAUAGUUAAACUUACAAAACUCAUUAGCUGACAAGGAGAGCCACUUAUGUUCAUUGCAUACAGCAGUUUAGGAAGCACUUGAAGGGGUGUACAAAACUUUUGUCCCUUUACGCCUCUGGGCCUCCUUUACAUCAAGAUCUCCAUAAUGAAUGAUAACACAAAAGGAUCAUCAGACUUUUAUUACAAUUUUUGUAUAAUUUCUAGCAUCAAUAAUAUAUAUUAACAUAACUCUUAAGGCAGUAAAUGAAACUUUCUGAGCCUCAAUUACAUCAUCUGCAAAAUGGGAAAAAUAAUAGUAUUUAUUUGUAAGAUAGUGUAUAACCUGUGGCUAGCAUAGCGCCUGGCACAUGAUAAGUAUAGUAAAUGCUGGAUGCUAAUAUCAGAAUUGCUAUGUUUAUUAUAAUCAUCUUUACCACGAUGUGUCAUCUGUCCUAUAUAUCUGAUUAUUCCUACUCAUUUGUGUUAGUUGUUAGUAGUUGAAGUGGCAAGGCCUUUUUCCCUUAUGUUGACUGAUAUUUCAGAUAUUUUAUCCGGAAAUGAGCCAGUUGGACAUGGGAACACAGGAACAUCCAAUUUGGCUGGCCUUUUGUGUUACUGCCUAAAAGAAGAAGUUUUCUAUGUCCCUAUGUUACGACAACAUUAGCAUUUGAUUUGCAUUUGGUUAUUUGAUUUUGUUCUCUGCUGCUUCCUACAUUGAACCUACUUACCACUAAAGCUACAUUUUUUGGAAGGUAGAAGAUCAAGGGAAGAGAGUUGCCAAAUGAAUGGGUAGGCCAUUUAAAAUGCAAAUUGGCGUGUCUUUUUUAUUGCUCAACCUGAGGAUUAGAUGAUGUCUACAUUUAAAUCCUUCCUGGUUCAAAGCUGUAAGAAAGUAUCCUCCAUCUGGCAACAUCCACCCACCUACCACGCUGCCAAGAUUGGGUUAGGUUUCAGCCAGAGGAGGACUUGCCUACCCUAUGUUCCCUAGUGGGCACAGUGUUUUCUCUGAUGAGUUCACGGCAUUUGCCUUACAAGUGACCAACACAACUUCUGCCACUCAUUAGGACUCUAUGUCCUGCACAUCAAACUCAACUGUGCUACAGCUCUGUCUUUUAGGGUUCGGGUUCAGGUAAUUUUAUUCACACAGCUGUAGCUCUUCGUUCCUACCUUACAAGUAACUUGGGUCAGGGAGAGUAUUUGAUGGGGGCACUGAGAGGGAGAUUACACAGACAAAGGCAAGGAGCAGGAUGAGACAAAGAUUGACAAUAUUGACAGUGUGAGAUCAAGGGAAGAGAGAGUUUGGCAGAGCAGGCUUAGAUCUUGAACCAACACUCCAAGAGUCAGUAGUUUAGCUAGACAUGGGUCUCUUAGAACUGCAGAAGUGUUUCUUACCAGUGUAAUAGACUUGCAUGUAUCAGCUUAGACUGGAAAAUCCAUGCAAGGAAUGUGUUCUGAUGUAGGUAAACAAUGAUUGGCAGGAUGCUUAGGUAGUGUUCUAUAAACAUGUAUUUUUCCAGGUAUUACAUUUUCUGAACCCCUUACCCACCUCUUCCUCAUAACCACUGGCAAAAUGAAAAUGCAUAAAUGAAGAUCUGUUAAUGAAACCUGGUUUGAUUCCAGAAGUGUGAUGCCAUUGGAUCCAUAUCACAGCAUUCCUGCCCAUCGAGCAACAGAGGAUGUGGCGUUUCUAGGCGGUGGUGUAGCAUGUGAUGUCAUUCUGCUAUGUGGUAUACAGGAAAUGGGUUGUGAUCUCCUUUCAGGACACAUUGUUUUGAAUUCAUGAGCCACUUACCACAGUCUUCGACCAAGUAGGUGGGACUAUAAGCCUUGUCUUGGAGGAUGAUGUGAGUAGAUAGGAAAACUCGCUGGCAUUGAUUCCAGGUUGGGUAUUGCUCCUACAUGAAUCUCAUGAGGUUGAGUCUGACCUCUCCUUGGGAAUGCAGGAAGCUAGGUGCUGGCUAAUAGUGUUUAAGUCGGUUGGCAGCAGAGUCCCUGAGAAAUAACAGGCCCUUUGUUUGCCUGAAAUGUCCUUGAAAUUCAGUCCUAAAAUCCUAUUCACCCUUAAAGCAAAGAACUACUACCAACUAGCUCUAUGAAAACUCGUCUGACUUCUCCCAAUCAGAAGCAAUUACUCCUG